UGAAUGUGGAGCUCUACAGCAAUAGUGUAACUUAAAUGUCUGAUUUAAGAAGAACACUCAACCAAUAUGAUAUCCAAUACCUAGCCGAUGUUCUUUCACGACAACACACACAGGUCCUCCACUAGUAAACUCUAAUGACUGUGGAACAAAACCUUAAAUCUUUGACAUUUAUAUACUAUCACCGUUUCCUUUAUCACAAACGAUGUCAUGGGAAAUGACAAGUGAUGUCCCUGGUUGUCAGAUUCAGAGAUUUGAUAGAACUGAGAAAUUGCUUAUGAGGUAAAACCAUGUAGUUUUACCAGUUUUAAGCUGUCAUAUGCCGAAAAAGCAUUGUGGAGGCAAUGGGUUCAGAGACCAAGAUGGGAGGAAGCUGUCCUUUAAGGACACACACCACCAUGUAAUUUUAUUCCAUGAUGACUUGAAACUUCUCAGCAGUUCAGGGAACAUGCUUUCCAUCGAUCUUUCAACUUUUCUUUCACUCAUCUGUCGCUUGAAGCCGGCAGCAUGAGGCGGCGAACAGUGGUGAUGUAUGUGGAGAUCGGCUGCUUUGUGUCCUGUCUGUGUGGCUGGAUGUUGAUCUGCUCCACGCUGGCCACUGAGUACUGGAUCUUCUCUGAGGUCAGCUCUGUAGUUCUGACCACCGGGAGCUACUAUUCCAACCUCUGGAUGGACUGCGUCUCGGACGGCACAGGCGUAUCUGACUGUAAAUACUACCCUUCCAUGAUGGACCUGCCUGUUUUCCUCCAUGUGUGCAGGGCUCUGUCUGUGGUCUCUGUGAUCUUUGGGUUCUGGGGAGCUGUGCUUGCCCUCAUUGGGAUGAGAUGUACCAAAAUCGGAGGCUCUGAACUCGCCAACGCCAGAGUCACAUUCGCCGCAGCAUUGACGUACAUGGCAUCUGGGUUCAGUGGUAUGAUAGUCUACUCCUGGUGGGGAGAUAAAGUGCGUUCUGAAUUUGUGGAUCCAUAUUUCUUACAAACAAAGUUUGAGCUCGGUGCCGCUCUCUUCAUUGGUUGGGGAGGGUCGUGUCUGGUUAUAUGUGGAAGUGCAGUCAUGUGCUAUUUCUCUGGGAAAGAGUCAUUCCCCAAAAGAUUCAAUAAACAACUCACAAGACCUCCAACCAAGAUGACAGCACAUACCAGACGUAUGUACAUGCUGCCCGUCUCGUCCAGACCCUCAGCUGUGUUCAUCCCUCCUUCACACCAAUCAUACACUGAGAGAAGAGGAAGCAGAGAGAGGAGAGGAACACAAGGAAGCCAGUCAUCAAGAACCGUCCGACCCAUAAGGCCUCCUAUAGACUCAGCUGUUUAAAAAAAUAAUCUAGCAACAUUUGUUGACACUUUUCCAACACUAGAAAUUGAAAUAUAACAGGAGUGCAAAGGAAAGAAGAAACUUGGAAGUGUUAUAAAAAGUGAAUUUAAUAAAUCAUCUAGGAUAUAAACAAUCAAAAAGUAUGAGGCAAUUAUUUUAAAGUGCAAUAUGUUCCUUAACCGUACUUGUACCUUUAUAUUUCAUAUAAAGUAAUAUUUAACACUGUGAAUCUACAACUCAAGGAAUGAAAGGCUGUUUGUGCACUGCUGUCCCUGAAUAAACACUAAGCCUGAGCUACAA